GACGCAGGGGUCUUGGGCUAACUUUUUGGUUAAAAAAAAUCGUAUCUGGCGCGCUAUGGGGAGAGGCACCUCAGAGCAGUCUGUUGGGGCUCGUGGAUUCCUCAUGCUCGAGGACGCCUAGGAAGGAAGCGGAGGGAAGCUCCGAGGCUACAGCUGCUGAAAUGGGUUGCGGAUUGAACAAGUUGGAGAAACGUGAUGACAAACGGCCUGGAAACAUCUAUUCGACGUUGAAGAGGCCUCAGGUGGAAACCAAGGUGGACGUGUCCUAUGAAUACCGCUUCCUGGACUUCACGACCUUAAGUGCCACGGAGCUCCCGCGGUCCUCGGCCGUGAGGCUGGCCUCCCUCCGGGACCUGCCCACCCAGCUGCUGGAGCUGUACCAGCAGGGCUUCUUGCUGGUGGCCCUGCACCCCUUCGUGCAGCCGACCCACAAGCAGGAGAAGACACCCCUCGAGCACAUCUUCAGGGCCAUCCUGAUCAAGAAGACCGACAGAUCUCAGAAGGCUGACCUUCAUGGUGAAGGCUACAUCUUGGAAUUAGAUUGCUGUUCUUCCCUAGCCCACCUGACAGACCAAAAAAUCAUCCCAGAGUUCGUCAAGAAGGUCCAGGAGGCUGCGAGUCGGGGCCUGAAAUUCGUGGGGGUCAUACCUCAGCACCGCUGCCCGGGGACCUCAGCAGGCAGCGGCCCCCAGACGGACGCCAGGAAUGCGACAAAGGAGCCUGGCAGGUGUGGGGAUGAGGAGAGCCUGGGGGCUGCAGACGGGAGCCCAGAGCCUGGCCAGGGCCCGGGAGGGGAGACACCUGCCGCCCAGCAGCCCCGCUCAGCCUCAGGAGAGUGUGACGGCGCGGAAUCUCCACUGCGCGGGGUGAGCGAGACCCCAGAUGGACCGGAUGGUGACCCGUCAGAAGCUCAAAGAGAACCACUCUCAGGAAGAAUGGAGAUCUUCGCCCUUUUCAACAAACCGAAGAGCGGCCAGCAGUGCCGGCAGUACUAUCCCGUCACCAUUCCUCUCCGGGUCUCCAGGAACGGCCAGACGGUCAGUGGUCUGGAUGCCAACUGGCUGGAGCACAUGAGUGACCACUUCCGGAAGGGAGGCGUGCUGGUGAACGCGGUCUUCCAGCUCGGCCUGGUCAACGAUUCCUUACACGGCUUGACAGAUGGAGUAUUCAUCUUUGAAGCUGUUUCCGCAGAAGAUAGCAGAGCCGUGCAGGGCUACGAUGCUAUUGUUGUGGAACAGUGGACGGUCCUGGAAGGUGUCGAGGUGCAGACAGACUACGUGCCCCUGCUAAACUCGCUGGCCGCCUACGGCUGGCAGCUCACCUGUGUGCUGCCGACUCCCGUGGUCAAGACUACCAGGGAGGGGAACAUAUCCACCAAGCAAGUUGUCUUUCUUCAGAGACCUUGUCUACCUCAGAAAAUCAAGAAGGAAUCAAAGUUUCAGUGGCGAUUCUCCCGAGAAGAAAUGCGCAACAGGCAGUCCAGGAAAUCCAGGGGUAAGCGCGGAGCCAGAGACAAGCAGCAGACAGAAGAAAAGGAGAAGAAUCUAGAAGACCAGUUUCCCAAAGCGGGAGACGUGGGAAACCAUCUGCCAGGGCCGCAGCAGGAGGACUGGGCCUCCGAGGAGAAGGUCACAGGGGAAAAGCUGUGUCCCGACGGCCAGCUCUGUGUGGAUGGCGGGGCCGUGCAGAACGGUCCCUCCGGCCACAGCCCGGCCCCGGCUGGGGGCGGCGCUGGGUGCUCCAGUCCUGAUCCUGGAGAGGGUGCCAGGGAGGGAGGUGCUGGGGAGGGAGGUGCUGAGGAGGCAGCAGCAGAGGACAACUGAGUCCCCGGCAGGUGUGCUGAGGCCUGACCAGCCGGCACACUGGAGGCACGUUGCCAGUGGCCCGGCUGGGGGCUGGUUGGCCCUGGUGUCCAGUGUUACCCUUUGGCUUGGCUUGACCUCUCCUUGUGAGCUUACCUGGGCCCUGUGAGGGCUGGGUCAUUGACAGUGUUGGUUUCUGCACAUCCAUUUGAAACGCGUUGUGAUGCCCCAGCGUUAGAACGCAAGAGGUCAGGUUACUCCUAGGCCUCGGGGCUGGAGGCCCAGCCUGGCUCCACCGCUCCUCCUUGGACGGGCUGGACCACCCAGUGCCGGUGUCCACCCCCGCCCCCAGGGCCUAUGGGAGCCUUUGGGCCACAUGCAAGGGCCUCCCUGGCUAGAGUGAAGGCCGAGCUGUUCAUCCCCAGCCCCUCAAGGGCAGAGGGCAGAGUCCAUCCCUGCUGUUCGCUGCAGCUCCCUGACGAUCAUGACAACCUCUGGCGCCCUGCCAGCUGCCCUUCUCCCCUCAACCCCCCUUGGACCCCAUUGCUUUGGCAAAGAAAAUGACAUUGGGGAGGGGAGGUGCCCCACCUCCUGGCUUUUCUCAAAGUGUUCCCAUAGAUACUGGUAAUCUGGAAAUGAAGAGCUUAUUCUGUGUGUGUACCUACUCUUGCAGAAUGUCCGAGAAAGUAUUCUGUGUUAGUAUUAACGCCAAAAAUUUUUUAAAGGUUUUGUAUUCAGCACAUCAUAUGAACAUGCGUUCUGUCUGUCAUUUUGGGGCACACCAACUGGGGGGAGCCCUGGUUAUGUGCUGCUUUCAUCAGUGUAUCAUUGGCCAAGUCACUUCCCAUGGAUGCUGUCACGUGUUUGUAUCGCCCAGAAAGUGUUGUUGAGGCUUUAAGUAGUGCAGCUGGCAAACCUUGAGGCGAGAGCGCCAGCCGUCUUGACCAAAACAGCAGCCUGUCUCUUCUCUUUCUUGUUUAGUUACUCAAAGCAAUAAAUCAUCUGUGAGUUUAA